AUAAAACCGAAUCUCUUUUGUCGGUUACAUCAAACGUUCAAUCUCUAUAAUCUUCAAAAGUUGUAAAUGUCUCAUCCCAUAAAUUUCAAAUAUUUAAAAUGAAGUCUUUAUAGAUGAUAGUGAGACCCUAGGAUGAUAAGAUUGUUUUGGCCGAGCUAGCCCAUUAUCAGUUCUAGACAUGGGUUCACACUUUACCUGUAUCGGCAGUCCUUAAAAACUCAGGUAACACAACAAUUUGUGUUAAGUAAGGCAUUUAGCUGGAGAGAUGAAUUUGGCCUUUCGCUAAGUAUUAAAAAAAUCACAAGUGCGGCUCUGAAUUACUGUUUAUGCUCAACAGGCGUGUCGUUGUGCUUUCCUGUACAAAGUACCACGAGCGCUUAUAGUAUUCAGACAAAUAGUGCGCUGGUGUGUUGGUUUGGUGUCCCCACAGUGACGUUUAUGUGUUCCAAAGCUAUUUUUCAGGAUUUUGCCGAUAUAGAUCUAAACGGAAGCAUAUCCCAAAGAUGGAGGAAACUACGUAACUGCUGCUCCUUGCGUGGCUUAAAAAGCCACGAGAGCCCAACAGAACCUUCACGUACCAGCCUCCUAGACACCUCUAGUCCCCAAACUCUAGUCAGCACCCCACAACCCAUAACCUACCGACGUCUACAAACCUCCAAAAAAACCAGCGUCCAAGACGUCCUUCGCGCCAAACUCAACAGCAUACAUGUAGGACUGCGGAAGUCACGUGGCCUAUCCGUCCAGGAAGUGUUUAGCGGUAAUUUCAACGACUCCAAACAGCCGACGUUUUAUAUCCCAUCGCCUGUGUCGACGCCAAACGCCCAGAACUCGGUAUCGAUCACCGUUGCAGACUCCCCAACACACAGGGAGGGUGCAGACGCCAGGAGAAGGACGAGGUUCAGGAGAAGGUCUGUGAAUUAUGGCCUGGAACGAGAUUGCGGUUACGACAGCUGUGAAAGCCAGGCUUACGACUCCUUACCUUUUGAGCCACCACCUGACUACGACGUGAUCGAUGACAAACUGGUGGAGAAGAACACCAGGAGGUGGUCUGUUGUCGGUAACGUCCCCUCAAACAACAACUUCUCCAACAAAUUCACGAUUGAGACCGCCAAGAUCAAAAUACCUAAAACCAAGCUGAGUAAAAAGCACUUCGAGAGGGCCAGAUCGCAUUCUCCGAGCAAAAAGGAUGCCAGCAUCAAAAAGGAAGACUGCUCCAAGUAUCCACCUUCGAAAGUGGUCAAUUCGAGAACUCAUUACGAAUUGAUUGGUAAAAAACAAAGAGCGGAAGUGAAUCAAAGCGGUGAAUAUGCCCGGAUGAAUGCUUCGUACAAUAAGCAGGAUUGGUUGGAGGAACUAGAGGAGGUGGAGGAAGAAGAGGAAGAGAGUAAAUUUUGUACAUUGCCUAGGGGAGGAUGCAGUACGUUUACAAUAAGACAGGUUGUUUUUCACAAAGGACACGGUACUAAAGCAUUGGGAUUUAGUAUUGUUGGAGGGAGAGAUUCCCCAAAAGGAAAUAUGGGAAUAUAUGUCAAAACUAUCUACCCAAAUGGUCAGGCAGCUGAAAACGGUUCUCUCAAAGAAGGUGAUGAAAUAUUGGCUGUAAAUAGUAAACCACUGCAUGGAGCAUCUCACCAAGAAGCUAUUGAUGUUUUUAAACAAAUUCGUUCAGGACAAGUUCUUCUACAUAUUGGAAGGAGAGUUACAAAAAAGUCUAGAGAACGAAUAUCGUGAAAAUACCUUGAUGAACUUUAUACCCAAAACUAUAUUCCAAAGAUUAUGUUAGUAUAUAAUGCUUUUAUAAUAAUCUUUAAUAAUUUUAUACUGAUAUCAAACUUUUUCACCCA